AUGGCACAACAAUGUCAAGGAGUUGGAUGUACGAAAACUGCAAAUUUACAGUGUCCAACGUGUUUAAACCUAAAAAUCCCAGGAUCGUUCUUUUGUUCACGAGAUUGUUUCAGAGCAAAUUGGUCUACACAUAAACUGAUACAUGAGAAAACUUACAUACCAAAGUUUUCGUACACUGGAACUUUGCGUGCAGUAUACCCUUUGUCUCCAAAGAGACAGGUUCCUCUACAUAUAGAAAGACCGGACUAUGCCGACAAUCCUUCAGGUAUUUCGAAAUCUGAACAAGCUGCAAAAGUUAAUGCACCCAUAAAAGUGUUGAACGAAGUAGAAAUAGAAGGGAUGCGAAAAGUUUGCAAGCUUGCACGUGAAGUUUUAGAUAUAGGUGCUGCUACAAUAAAACCUGGCGUGACAACUGAUGAGAUUGAUCGAGUUAUUCAUGAAGCUAUUAUCGAACGCGAUUCUUAUCCGUCACCUUUGAAUUAUUAUGAAUUUCCAAAAUCCGUUUGCACUUCAGUGAAUGAAGUCAUUUGCCAUGGGAUUCCGGAUCAACGAGAAUUGGUGGAAGGAGACAUUAUUAAUCUGGAUGUAACCUUAUAUCACAAUGGAUUUCACGGGGAUUUAAAUGAAACUUAUCCCGUUGGAAUUAUCGAUGAAGAAAGUAAAAAGUUGAUCAGAACUGCAAAAGAAUGUUUAGAUAAAGCCGUUGAAUGUGUGAAACCAGGUUUCUUGUACCGUAACCUUGGAGCAGUUAUUGAAAAACAUGCCAAGACGAAUAAUUGUUCUGUUGUCCGUACUUAUUGUGGACACGGCAUUCAUGGAUUAUUUCACUGUUCACCUAAUGUUCCCCAUUAUGCAAAAAAUAAGGCUGUUGGAACGAUGAAACCUGGUCACUGUUUUACAAUUGAACCAAUGAUAAACCUUGGUACGUGGCGCGACCGACAUUGGACAGAUAAUUGGACUGCUGUAACCGAAGAUGGAAAACGUAGUGCACAGUUUGAGCACACUUUAUUGGUAACACAAAAAGGGGUUGAAAUUUUAACAGCUGGUAAAAAUGAAUAA